UUUAGUUAUAACAUAUUAUGGUCAUGGUGAGCCGUAGGACUGCCCACUCCUCCCUUUGGUUUUCUUCCUUCCCCAUCCUCCUUUCUCUCUUUGGGACUUUUGAUGUUUCCCUCCUUCCCUUUUUCUUGCCAUUGUGUCUCAUCUGUUCUUCUCUGCAGCAACUCCCAGUUCCUGUGCCCCUCCUGCUCCUCUCACUACCCCUUGCUACUUAGCAGUGGGAUUGUCCUUGGAGCAGCAAAUACUGAAUGGAGAAUGCUUGUUUUAGGUACCAUUGGCAUUUUAUGGUGUGGUUGUGGUGUCCUAGCAGGGCUUUAUGGCAAAGGGCUGAUGGAACUCAACAGGGAUGUCAUGCAGGAGAACUACCAGAAUCUCGUCUCACUAGGUUUUCCAAUUCCUAAAUGUGACAUGGCCUCCCAAAUGGAAAAAGUCAAAGAACUAUCUGACUCAGGUCACCAGGCUUUCAAGGAAACAGAGAUCUUGAAAUACACCCCCACAGGCGAUCACAGUGGAGAGGAGGAGAUUCCUCAGCAGGAAGAUUCUGCAAGCAUGGAACUGCAGCGGGUGUUUUCAGUGAGAUCUGGAGGAGACCUAUCCCAGGGUCCUGACCUGGGGAAAGCCCAUGUGAGUCAGCACAACUCAGCAAUGCCACAGAGAGAGGACCCUUCAGAGAGGAAACCAACUGAAUCCACUCACGGUGAACGAGACCUCCAGGAGCAACAAGAGGACGUCGUCCCCCGACGAACACCCCGAUCAGAGAGACCAACCAUAUGUUCUGAAUGCGGGAAGGGCUUCAGUCGAAGCAUACACCUGAUCCAGCAUCAGAGAAUGCACACGGGGGAGAGACCCUUCAAAUGCACAGAGUGCGGGAAAGGCUUCAGCCAGAGCUCGCACCUUAUUCAGCACCGGAGAAUCCACACGGGCCAGAAGCCCUACACAUGUCACGAGUGUGGGAAGAGCUUCAGCCAGAGCUCCAACCUUAUCAAACACCAGAGGAUCCACACAGGACACAAGCCCUACGUAUGCACUGAGUGUGGGAAGAUCUUCAGUGAUAGCUCCACAUGUAUAAAACACCAGAGAAUGCACACGGGAGAGAAGCCGUACAAAUGUCCCGAGUGUGGCAAAAAUUUUAGCCAGCGCUCACACCUCAUCCAGCACCAGAGGAUCCACAACGGCGUCAAGCCCUACACGUGCAUGGAGUGUGGGAAGAGCUUUGGCCAGAGCUCCGAUCUGAUCAACCACAGCAGGACCCACACCGGGGAGAAACCCUACAAAUGCACUGAGUGUGGGAAGUGCUUCAGUGGGAACUCCAAUCUGAUCAAACACCAGAGGAUCCACACGGGAGAGAAUCCCUACCACUGUGCUCAGUGCGGGAAGUGCUUCCGCUUUCAGCCACAGCUUGUGCGGCACCAGAAACACCACGCACAGUAGGGACCACCAUUGCUGGGAAGAGGGGGAAUACGGCUCUCCUGUAGGGAGAAAGCCAGCUGAGCAUUGCGGUGUGAUGUGGGGAGGGAGCACGUCCUUAGUGUGAUGAUGGUUCGAGCCAUUGUUUGGGAAAGGGUAUGAAGCACCACAAUAGGAGGAAACUGGGAAGAGUUAAGUAUUCAGAGGAAUCAUGGCCUUUUAUUUUUAGUAGUGAUAAGGGUAAAACAUGGAUCAAAUCAUAACGCUUUCUCAAUACAUUGAUCAGGCUUUGGCAUCCUGGCCCGACUUCACCCUGGCCUUGUGGCUCCCUUCAGAACCCAAGCUCCUGUUUCCCACUUUCUGGUACAUUUUUUAGAUAUUAGUUCCUAUCGAUUAUAUUUAUUUAACCCCACUCCCCCAACCCCACAUUGUGAUAGUACUUGGGCCAUAUCCUUGGAACUGUAUUUGCUGAAUAAACGGUAGUGAAAUUAAUGUGUCUGUGACAAAUACGCUGCUGUCUGACAACUUAGUCCAUGAGAGCAAGUCAAUUAACAUCCUAAUAGACAUUUCACUUAGAAAGAUGCUUGCUCAAGUGCCCUUGUGGGUGGCACUUUAUGAAAAUUAUAAAGGUGUAAUUAGUAUGUAGGAUGAAUUUGUUUUAACUGUGAUCUGCUAAUUGACAAUUGGUGAACAGGAGGAGGAUGACAUGCAUUGAAAAAAAAUUAAGCUAUUUGUCCAACUUUAAUUUGAAACUAAAUGUGUUCUUAAACUUUAAUAUGAAUUUUAAUUUCAUAAUUCUGUUUUUUUUCCCCCUUGAAUAAAUCUUUUUUUAACUUAAA